AUUUAAGCUAUGAAAUGUUUGCACAACUGGGUGACAAAGGAAAAGCAACACCAACAAAAAGUGAACAAAAAGCAGAAUAUAUACAAUGCAUGAAUCUGGAAACAGAAAUUAUACAGAAGCA